AUGGAUGGAUCGAAGCGCCUACUCCUGUUCACUAACAGUGACUUCGGCCAAGCCAACGUAAUCCUCGCUACAGCUCACGAACUAGGCCUUGCAUGUGAAGACGUCGAAAUCCAUAUCGCUUCAUUCCAGGACCUAAGAAGCGGAGUGGAUGAUGCCUCCAGGUUUAUGCAGGCAACUGCAACUCAACAGAAGAAGAAGAUACCUCGACCCUUUGUGUUCCACGAGAUCGAAGGAACGAGCUGGGGACCAGUUACGAAGCGUCCAGAAACGGCAAUCUUCGAAACGCUUGAGCUGACUCCUGGACUCGUCAACUCGGCAAAAGGCGUCGCUAUUCUACCAGCUGUCAUGGUACCUUGGAGCCCGGGGGAGUUUCUCGACAUCUACAAGGAAACAGAACGGGUAUUCGAUGAAGUCAAGCCAGAUUUGACCAUUGUUGAACCGCUGUUCACUCAAGGCUUGACAUUUUGUCACCAUCGAGGUGUCAGGUGGAUGGUCCUUUCGCCGAACACGAUUAAAGAGUUUGCAGUUCCGGUGCAGCCAAAAUUAGCUGCUCUUUGGAAUGCUUGUUCGGCCUUGCCUUAUCCCAUACCAUGGAGCCUCAUCCCAUGGAAUGUUUGCUUUGGCUUCGUGGCUGGCUACACUCUGCUCACAGAUACUCGGCUAAAAAGGACAACCGAGAAACUCCGCGAGGAGAUUGAUCCUUGCAUAACUUUGAUGACCAUGAUGGAACUGGGUGUUUUGACGCCUGCGCCGCCCAAUCUGCCCAUCCUUGUCGCUAGCAGUCCUGACAUAGACUACCCAUUCAGCGUCAUGCCACCACAGCUCACAUCCUGCGGCCCAAUCAUACGAGCUGCUCCGCCUAUCAAUGAAGCUGAAGCAGGUUUAGCCGAAUGGCUUAGCCAAGGCCCAACUAUAUACGUCAAUCUGGGCACGCAUCACAAGUCAAACCCCACUGAAGCCCAUGAAAUGUCCAAAGCCUUCAGAAAUGUCCUCGAACACGCUGAUACACUACAUUCUGCGGGGAAACCUCUUCAGGUUCUGUGGAAGCUAGGACGGUUGUCUGAUGAAGAAGGCAACGCUCCAAAGAGAGACUCUUAUACUGACGAAUGGGCUUUGGUGACCGAUGAACUACAAGCUUACAUCAAACGAGGCAGAGUGCGUAUCACGGACUGGCUAGUCGCUGAGCCAAUGUCUGUCCUCGAAUCAAAAAACGUCGUUUGUUCUGUGAGUCAUGGGGGAGCUAAUUCCUUUUACGAAGCGCUAUGUGCUGGCAUACCUCAAGCGCUUCUUCCUGCUUGGACGGACUGUUAUGAUUUUGCCAACCGCGUUGAGCUUCUUGGAAUUGGGUGUUGGGCGAAUAAGGAAGCGAAGCCCCGAUGGCGAGAGAACGAGCUUGCCGAGGCGCUGUUGGAGAUUUUAUUCGGGUCGGAGUCUGUGGGAAUACGAAAGAGGGCAGAGGAGGUUGCGAGUCGUCACCCGGAAUGGGAGGGUCGGCAAAUGGCUGCUCAAGAGAUCUUGAAUAACCUGCUGAAGAUGUAUGAUGCCGCUGUGAGCGAAGGAUUGAAGGAUCGGCAACCUCGGCACAUUUUCCGUGAGGAGAAGGGCUAG